AUGGAAGACGGCCUUUAUGCAUUGAUAGAACGUAAAGGCAUUCCUGAAAGAGAGACUAUUCUUUUUGAAGAGAUACGUGGCCACCAGGCCAUAGAUGGAUUCUUCUACAUGGAAGCAGCUCUGCAUAUGAAAACGAGACAAGUCCUGCAGGAAAGAGGACACCCAUUUGUUAUAGAAGGGAAUUCAAAGGCUCUCAGAGAUUUUGUAGACAAAAUACACACGACACAUCUAUGCGACAAGGACACUGACACUAAACCUGCCAGAGAGCACAAAAACUCGAGUCGCAAAGCAAACAUCCUCGCAACGAAUUCAACUCAUCAGCACAAUGCAACGGGAACUGACAUGAGACUCAACUUAUGUGAUUAUUGUGAGAAAGAAGGACAUCCCUUGUUCAAGUGUGAGAAAUUUAUUAACUUGUCUAUUGAGGAUAAACGAGUGGUAGUGCGUAAGAAAAACCUGUGCUUUGGAUGUCUACGCAAGGGCCACAGAAACAAGGACUGCAAGAAGAAGCAUACGUGUGGUAUCUGCAAGGGAAAACACCCAACCUGCAUGCAUGAAGAUGAAUCACCAACAAGAAAGCAACAAUUAGAGGUCAAGGAAGCCAGUUCCUUUCGUGUGAGCAGAGGAUAUGGUCACAGCACCUCCAUGAUCGUUCCAGUGUGGCUUUCUGUUCAGGAGAACCCCUCGCACGAGAUAUUGACAUAUGCUCUCUUAGACACACAAAGUGACACUACCUUUGUGCUAGACGAAACGGCUGCUGCCUUGCAUGUGAAUAGACAACCAACGCGUCUCAGCUUGUCUACCAUGACCUCACAGCACACUAUCAUUAACAGUUUCCGUAUACAGAACCUGAGAGUGAGAGGGUUCAAGUCUACCGAAUUUGUGACAAUAGACAAUGCAUAUACGAGAGACUUCAUUCCUGCGGAUCGCUCACAUAUACCUGAAAGGAAAACUGUAAUGUGCUGGCCACACCUGAAGGAGCUUAGCAACGAACUACCACCUCUUCAGUCAUGUGAAGUUGGACUCUUGAUUGGAUACAAUUGUCCUCAAGCUCUUGUACCAAAAAGAACUCUAACAGGAAACGAGAACCAGCCAUAUGGCAUCCAGACACUGCUUGGUUGGAGCGUGGUUGGAUACACAGAUCACACAGACUCGGACGUUACUGUUGUUUGUCACAGAACUUCAGUGAAGGAGCUGCAUAGCUGUACACCCAGGGAUGUCAUAAAAACUUUGGAGAAAGACUUUGCUCAUGACAAGAAUGAAGAUAUAAAGAUAUCUCAAGAUGACAUCGCCUUCCUUAACUUCAUGAAAGAAAACAUACAGCAGCAUGAGGAUAAGCAUUUGGAAAUGCCUCUACCAUUCAAGGAGCGACCCUCCCUGCCCAACAACAAGUCACUUGCAUUGAUUCGCUUAGAUCAUCUGAAACGAAAACUUAAAAGAGACCAGACAUAUCAAGAACAUUACAAGACUUUCAUGAGAGAAGUAUUGGAAAGAGGCGACGCCGAACCAGUAUCGUCAGAUGGUGUCAGUGGAAAUACAUGGUAUAUCCCACAUCAUGGUGUUUAUCACCCGAAAAAACCUGGAAAGCUUAGAGUAGUUUUUGACUGUUCAGCAAGAUUCAAAGAGGCUUCAUUAAAUGAAUAUUCUCUCUACUGA